UGAAGUAUUCAGUACAUGCUAUCUGAAUUCAGACCUUUCUGAAGUAUUCAGUACAUGCUAUCUGAAUUCAGACCUUUCUGAAGUAUUCAGUACAUGCUAUCUGAAUUCAGACCUUUCUGAAGUAUUCAGUACAUGCUAUCUGAAUUCAGACUUGAAUCUGGGUCCAUCCAUAUUCCAGAGAGCCUUUCAAUGGAAGCUCAUUAUUCAGACAUGGACUUGCGCUGGCAUUGCUUAUCAUAACAUAAAGUGCAGUUGUCAGAGGUCGAUAGCAUGGUUGAGCAAAGUUUAGUGACUCAUUACAAAUAUUUAGUUUCCUAUCGAUGUAAUGCUCUUAACAAGUUUGUCUAUUCAAAGAGGAUCAUACUCAACCUACAGUUGAUAAAUGAUUUAUUCCGUGUGCGACAUUCAAUGUCCGUCCAUACAUUUGAUUACACACCCAAAUAAAAGGUGUAGAUGACAAUGAUGCAUUUCCUUACUUUAAAUCUCAACAUGAAAUCAGUAUUGUUCAUGUCAAACACUGAAGACUAGUUAAGUAGGCAUAUAUAUAUAUCUAUAUCCUGGUUUAACGUCUGUCAGAGUGCUAUAUUACCCAUCCCUGAACUCUUUUCCUUGCAGUCUGAGGUGAACAUUACUUAUGUGUUCUUUUGGGCACCCUCCCCUCCCCUCUCCUCCAAAAUGCGCUCCCUGCCACAGAUAUAAAACUCACAGGAUGCUUGCUGCCAAACACAGUUGCGAGCACAGAACAGUCAUUCAACGAAACCAUCUCCAGUCUUCACAAAAUAAAAUGCGCCCUAACGCAGCGAUGUCUCUGGGUAUGCUGGCCAUGUACUUGCUGAUAUGCAUGUCCAAUCUGAUGGCCGCGUAUCCGUCCAAACCCGUCAUUCCCGCAGAUGAUGCGCCUGUCGAGGACUUCGCCAAGUACUUCUCUGCACUCAGACACUACAUCAACCAAAUCACUCGACAGCGGUAUGGGAAAAGAUCCAGCCCUGAUAUGGUGUUCUCUGACCUGCUACAGAGGGAGAGCACAGAGAGCGUCCCACUAGCAAGCUAUGGAAGAUAUGAGGAUCUACCGUUGUGGUGGUGAAGCCAGUACAGACUUCCAUACCAGUCCCUUUCAACAACACCACACUGCCUGUUUGGUCACCGCACCACAACAACACCACACUGCCUGUUUGUCACAGCACCACAACAACACCACACUGCCUGUUUGGUCACCGCACCACAACAACACCAUACUGCCUGUUGGUCACCGACUCGACCUGGACUUUAAUGGAUAUCUACAGCCUGCAUGCAACCACCUCCCUGUCUGUCUGUCAUAGUAGAAGUGUCCUGUACAUAUGUUACUUUCUCCUUUUGUGCAUCACACUGUGUACUGUAAACCAAAAUAAACAUUUACUGGUUGGAUCAAAUACAUCAUAUAAAGUACCUUGGAUCAAUGUUUUAGAAUGUGACUCUGUUUUAAGUAUAUAAAGAAAAUCCUAGGACUCCAGAAUCAGAAAGUAAGCAAAGUGGUCUUUCUUAAAGAAAAACAUUUCUAGUGUGUUUUUACACUUAUUGGAUACUAGUUGUUCCUGCCACAACCAGGACGAGGACCUACACCUAGAACCACUGCUGCACAGGGUUCUCUUUGUUCCCACAGGUUUUACUAAGAUAUACUGCCCUCUUCUGGACUGGCCUUAGUACUCUGACACCAUUAUACUCCAGCUUGGACUGUAGCCUUCAAACAGCUGUCUGGAGUGAGAGGUGAGAAUAACAAUCGAUUAAUUCUGUCCAUUAUUUCAAUGUGUAACAUUGUUAAUCUUUCACUGGUCUGUGUGGAUUUGUAUUGUGUACAAUCGUUCUAUAUAACGGCACCUUGCCUAACGUGAAAACAGAUUUAAGGUGUAGAAUCAUUAAGUGGCCUGGGAUCCCUAUGGAUCCCUGGUCUAAAGUAGUUCACUAUGGAAUAGGGUACGAUUUGGGACACUGGCCUGGUUACCUCCAAAGGGACAUGAGAUAAUGAGAUCUGGUGCAUGAACCCAGUUACCUAAUCUCGGUCCUAAAUGGCACCCUCUGUAGUGCACUAUUUAUUGCCUGGUAGGGUACCACUUGGGACUAAGUCCUGUUUUAGAAGAUGGAACAGUCCCUGCAUACUAAUGGGUUCAUUGUUCUAGAAUGCUCAAAUGUAACACAAGGUUAUGUCCCAAAUUGGCACCCUGUUCUCUAUAUUGUGGACUACUUUUGACCAGGGCUCAGUAGUGCACUAUGUAUGGAAUAGGGUGCCAAUUUGAGAUGUAGACAUACAGUAGGAUUCUUUAUGUUGACGGCCAGAUAAUCAUGUCAGGUCAUAUGUAAUGUCUUUGGCUGUACUGAAUAAAUAGGCUACUGCUG